CGAGGAGAAACGACCUAAAAUAAAAAAAAAUUCCUUCAUUUCAUCACUCAAACCCUUCUCUGAUCACAAAACAAUGCCCUAAAAAUGAGAAACAAAUCAGAAAUCUUCUUCUUCCUCGUCUCCAAUAGCCAUGUCCAGAUUCCCGAAGUUUUUAUCCCCAAAACAACUCUUAAAACUACUCAAAGCAGAGAAGAACACUAACUCAGCACUCACCCUUUUCGACUCUGCAACUCAACAUCCAACUUACACUUGCCAUACACCAGAUGUAUUUCAACACAUUCUCCCUCGACUCACUGAAUCGAAACUUGUUUCUCAGGUUCCAAGAAUCCUUACAUUGAUUCAAACACAAAGAUGUAAGUGCUCAGAAGAUGUUGCAUUAUCGGCACUCAAAGUUUAUUCAGAUAAUAAAAUGCCUGAUAAAGCUUUAGAGAUUUUUCAACAAAUGAAUGAGAUUUUCGGGUGUAACCCAGGUAUUCGAUCUUGUAAUUCUCUUCUUAAUGCUUUUGUCAUGUCCAACCAGUAUGAUCGCGCUGAAUCCUUUUUCGCGUAUUUUGAAACUCGAUUCGAGACUAAUUUGGAGACUUAUAAUGUGAUGAUGAAGAUUUUAUGUAAAAGGAAUAAGUUUGACAAAGCGAAAGAGUUUUUGGAUUGGAUGUGGAGUAAGGGUUUGAAACCAGAUGUUAUUAGUUAUGGUACAUUGAUCAAUUCAUAUGUAAAAAGCGGGGAUUUUGUGAAUGCUUUGGAAGUGUUUGAUGAAAUGCCUGACAGAGGGGUUUCUCCUGAUGUUGUUUGUUAUAAUACUUUGAUUGAUGGGUUAUUUAAGUUAGGGAAUUUGACAAAGGCUAUGGAGAUUUGGGAUAGGUUAUGUGGAGAUUAUUAUGUUUUUCCUACUGUUGUAACUUAUAAUGUUAUGCUCAAUGGUUUGUGUAAAUGCGGGGAGUUUGAUGAGAGUUUUAAGAUAUGGCAACGUAUGUUGAUGAAUGAACAUCGCCCAGAUUCUUUUACCUUUUGUACAUUGAUACAUGGGUUGUGUAAAUCAGGGAAUGUUGAUGGUGCAUACAGGGUUUAUACAGGAAUGAUCAAGAGUGGAUAUGUUCCCAAUGUGGUUACAAGCAAUGCUAUGCUUACUGGAUUUUGUAAGGCGGGGAGGAUUGGAGUUUGUCGUGGGUUGUGGGAUUCAAUGGGAAAAGCAAAUUGUCGUAAUAUUGUUAGUCACAAUAUACUUAUGAAGGGUUUAUUUGAGAAGAGUAUGGUAGACGAAGCGAUUUCCAUCUGGGAACUUUUUCCCGAGGAUGGUUGUGUUCCAGAUUCUUGUACAUAUGGUAUUGUAAUUCAUGGUUUGUGUGAGAAUGGGUACUUGAGCAAGGCUAUUCGGGUAUUGAAAGAGGCAGAAGAUGGAGGAGGUAAUCUUGAUAUUUUUGCGUAUUCUUCAUUAGUUAAAGGUUUAUCCGGAGAAGGGAGAUUAGACGAAGCAAUUAGCAUCUUUGAGCAGACUAGGAAGUGUGGUUGUAAACCCAACUCUAUAAUGUACAAUGAACUAAUCAAUGGGUUUAUCAAAAUUUCUAAAUUGUUAGAUGCAAUGCGUCUAUUUGAGGAAAUGAAAGCAAAUGGUUGUCCUCCUACUACUGCCACUUACAACACACUCAUAAAUGGUCUAUGUAGGGCGGAAAAGAUUGUUGAUGCAUCUGCUAUUUUAAAAGAGAUGCUAAGUAACGGCAGGGAGCCAGACCUAGUUACCUAUAGCUCUUUGAUUGAUGGUGUAUGUAAAAUCAAGAAGAUUGACAUGGCUCUUCAGCUGUUUGUUCGGAUGAUUAAGGAAUUUAAGCCUGAUGUAAAUCUGUAUAAUAUUCUAAUUCAUGGGCUUUGCUCGGUGGGAAGAAUAGAAGAAGCUCUAAAUAUUCAUUUGGCAAUGAAGAGUUGCCAUUGUCCGCCGAAUCUUGUUACCCACAACACCAUCAUGGAUGGGCUUUACAAAGCCAGAGAUUGCAAAAAGGCAUCAGAAAUUUGGUCCCAAAUUUUUGAAGAAGGGCUGAAGCCAGAUAUUAUUUCUUAUAACAUAGUCAUCAAUGGCCUCUGUUUGUCUAACCAGUUAGAUGCUGCUGUUAGGUUAUUAGACCAAGCCUUGGUGCAGGGACUUCUUCCAACUGUUAUUACUUGGAGCAUACUCGUUAAAGCAGUGCUUAACAGUGCAAGUCCUUUAAUGUGAAUUGUUUGAUAAGAAUUAUACUGCUAAUUGCUUACACAAGAUUUGUUAUUGUACAAAGCCAACUUCAGAAUUGCUGAAUGUGUUCUUAGCUGCAAUGUUGAUGCGAAAGGAUAUGCACUUUUAGUCGAAAUAUAAAGGAUGUGUAUGUUCAUCCCUGUGAUGCGAAAGGAUAUGCACUUUCACAGAGGCUAGAAGCAGAUUAUUUUCAAAGAGCUUGAGUUGCAAGUCAUGGAUCAUGGUACGCAAUUGUUUAACUUUAAGUCUUAUUGGAGUUAUAGUAUAUCUGCAAUUCUACAAAAACAGUACAUGCCCUCGAUUCUAAUCAUUAAAAGGUGAAUAAGAAACUUUUGCUGAAACUGUCGUCUUUGUAAUAAGGGUUCAUUUCCUUCGAUAAUAGUGCACAUGUUCAUAUAGCAUCAGAAAUUGUAACUCAGUUACAUGUUUUGGUAUGGCAAAGAGAUUGCCAAGAUCAGUUCUUCAUGAUGCGAAAGCAAAUAGGUGAUGAUAUAUCAGCCCCAAGUUGCAAGUAUUCACUUGGGUUUAUUAAAUCAUGCUAUAAUCCACAGUCAGUAUAAUAGUGUAAAUGUUCAUAUCACAUCAGAAAUUGUAACUCAUUAACAUGUUUUGGUAUGGAAAAGAGAUUGCCAAGAUCAGUUCUUGAUAAUGCAAAAAUCAAAAAGGUGAUUAUAUAUCAGCCCCGAGUUGCAAGGAUUCACUUGGGUUUGUUGAAUAAUGCUAUAUUCCACCACGUGUAAUAGUAGGUAACUUGUAGCUCAAAGAUUUUUUGCUUUGAUUAAAUACUCUAAAUGUUCAUAGCAUCAGAAAUUGUAACUCACUUACAUGUUUUGGUAUGGCAAAGAGAUUGCCCAGAUCAGUUCAUGAUGAUGCAAAAGCAAAUAGGUGAUGAUAUAUCAGCCCCGAGUUGCAAGUAUU